CAGAUAUCGAUGUUCGUACAUGCCACUGUUACGGUUCGCCUGCUGUGUUCUUUUCUCAGAAUAUGCCACUUCGGAUUCCGGGAUGAAUUGAAUCAGAAUUUGUAUGAUCCGCACAGAAACUUGAAGUACGCCUGGUGGAGCAGUUUAUUGGCGGGCAAUUUCUUGCCAUACUAUAUCUUUGCAUUACACAGUACCUCUCCCAUGUGUGUGCUCGGGGUGAAUGCAGCCAUCAACUUCGGCCUAUCGCUCAUUGAGACAAGCUUCACGCACGUGUUGGAUCGGGAUGAAGGGCCGUAUGGCCACCUGCAGUUUGAGGGCAGACCCGGGGCUGUCGCCGUUUGCAAGAAAGGAAUGUAUGCGCAGAACACCACAGACGAACAGACACCCAUGAUGACAGCUCCGAUAGACAACCCUCCGGUCCGCUGUGACUUCUGAUCCAUUAAAUACAAAAC